GGCAUGUCGACAUUCCCACCAUUGCCCGAGCAGCCCACCUGUGCCAAAGGCUGCAAAAACACCUUCCUUGAUUCUCCGAACGCUGAACCACAUUGUGAACAUUUAUUGGUUGAAUUUGUGAAUCGGGAUCCGACCCAGCGUGAGAUCUGGUGCAUGUUGCACGAUUUUAGACCCAAUGCACACAAGUCGGGAGUAGGAGGCAAACGUCCUGCAGCCUCAAUUUGUGUUUAUUUUUUCCCCACUUGCAAAUUAGAUGUGAUUGCACUACAGAAAGAAGCGUUGCAAUUCCCUAAGACACGCACACGCAGGCGGUUAUCGUCGUCUUUUGUUCCUUGCGUGGAUUCUGGCCUUAUUGUUAAGAAUUAAUCUUGACGGAAAUGUCAACUGUCGUGCACCUUGCUGUCUCCAAGCUGUCAAGGAAAUCACAGCCCUCCUCGCAGCUGCGUCCGCAUGUGCCCCCCACCAAAAAAAAAAAAAAAAAAAAAAACAACAACGCCAGACUGCUGAAAGCAUCCGCCUCUCCGUUUCUCUGCCCGACCUAGGCGUCGCCACAUCAGACUAAAUCACGCGCGCCUCAUCAAAUGUUCAACGUUAUCAAUUAGAGAAAGCAUGCAAGCAAUUAUUUGUGAGCGUGCGUGUGAAUGUGCGUCGUGCUCGUCGUUGCAAUGGCGCAGUGGGAAGCUGCCUCCAUCCACGUUUGCACAGAUAUGGACGUGUGGAGAGUGUCAAAGUCCUGCCUAAGCGGGGUUCAGAGGGCGGAGUGGCAGCCUUUGUGGAUUUUGUGGACAUCAAAAGUGCUCAGAAAGCUCACAAUGCUGUCAACAAGAUGGGGGACAGAGACCUGCGCACUGAUUACAAUGAGCCGGGCACCAUUCCGAGCGCGGCGAGGGGGCUCGACGAUAGUCUGUCCUUGGGCUCUCGUGGCCGGGAUGUAUCAGGGUUCACGCGGGUGGCAGGGGGGGGCGUGUAUGGCCCCCCCACGUCACUCCACAGCAGAGAUGGACGCUAUGAACGGAGACUAGACGGGACUGCUGAAAGUCGAGACCGAGCGUACGACCAUGGCGCUUAUGGUCACCAUGAGCGUCAAGGAAGCAGCUUUGAACGCCAGCGGCACUAUGACACAGACUAUUAUGCGAGGGAAAGGACUCUCGGCUCAUCUGGGAAUGGCUCUGGUGCAUCCAUAGGAAGCAGUACAACUUUGUCUUCCGGAGUUGGUAUCCUUAACGCUGUUGCUGGCAACACUGGAACGAGUGGUGCGGCAGGGGCCACCGCAGGGGGAAGUGGAGGAUCUACAUCCAGCGGGGUUAACUUCUACCGCUCCCACAGCAGGAGUCCGUGUCGUUUCGAGACACCAGAGCCUCGUUACGAAUCUCGGACCAGGGAGCCAUUUACUUUGGCGAGUGUGGUUCACAGGGAUAUUUACAGAGAGGACAGGGCUCGGCGCAGCGAGCGCUCAUUUCGACACAGUCGCAGUCGCUCCCCGCACUCGGCGCAUUCGCGAAACCCCUCACCUCAGAGGCUGGCAAGCCAGGCUAGUCGGCCUCCACGCUCCCACAGCGGCUCUGGCUCUCGCAGUCGCUCUUCCAGUUCGGACUCGGUCAGCAGCACCAGCAGCAGCACUAGUGGAAGUAAUUCUAGCAGUAGUUCAAGUGACGAGUCGCCGGCUCGCUCCGUGCAGUCAGCCGCCGUUCCAGCCCCAUCAGCACUUCCUUUAUCAUCCCUUGACAAGGAGGAACCACGCAAAAGCUUUGGCAUCAAGGUCCAAAAUCUUCCUGUACGCUCCACGGAUACAAGUCUCAAAGACGGUUUGUUUCAUGAGUUUAAAAAACAUGGGAAAGUCACAUCUGUACAAAUUCACGGAGCUUCAGAGGAGCGCUAUGGGCUUGUCUUUUUUCGCCAGCAAGAAGACCAAGAAAAAGCUCUUGGAGCGUCAAAGGGGAAGCUUUUUUUUGGAAUGCAAAUUGAUGUGACUGCCUGGAAUGGUCCUGAGACUGAAAGUGAGAAUGAGUUUCGGCCCUUGGAUGAAAGGAUAGAUGAGUUCCAUCCAAAGGCCACAAGGACAUUGUUUAUUGGGAACUUGGAGAAGACCACCACAUAUCAUGAUCUGCUAAGCAUUUUUCAACGCUUUGGGGAAAUUGUGGAUAUCGACAUUAAGAAAUUGAACGGAGCGCCACAAUAUGCCUUUCUACAGUACUGCGACAUUGCUAGUGUCUGCAAAGCCAUAAAGAAGAUGGAUGGGGAGUACCUUGGAAACAAUAGACUUAAACUGGGCUUUGGAAAGAGUAUGCCUACAACUUGUGUUUGGCUUGAUGGAUUAGCAUCAAACACAACUGAGCAGUUUCUUACUCGACACUUCUGUCACUAUGGACAUGUUGUCAAGGUUGUAUUUGACAGGAUGAAAGGAAUGGCCCUUAUCUUGUAUAACAACAUUGAAUAUGCUCAAGCUGCUGUCAAAGACACAAAGGGAUGGAAGAUAGGGGGCACUAAAAUAAAGGUGGACUUUGCCAAUCAGGAGAGUCAGAUGGCUUUCUAUCGUUCAAUGCAAGCUUCUGGCCAGGAUAUUAGAGAAUUUUAUGACAUUCUUUCUGAAAGAAGGGAUGAUCGACGUACGCAAUAUGAGUUUCAAGUGGAAAGGCAGUAUUAUGAAAAUGUACGUACACAAGCUACAUAUACUGAAGAUCAUCGCCGUAAAUACACAAGCAGAAGUCGUGAGUUCUACACUGAAUGGGAUCCAUAUCACGGAGAUUACUAUGAAACACAGUACUAUGAAGACACCCGGGAUUAUCGAGAAUACCGAUCUGAUCCUUAUGAGCAGGAUAUUCGUAAAUACAGUUAUUUGCAACGAGAACGUGAGAGAGAGAGAGAGCGCUUUGAGACCGACCGUGGACGUGACCAAGGGAGGAGAACCAUUGAGCGGAGUCAAAGCCCAACUCUUGUUGCCUCGCGUUGCCCUGCAACCCCUACACCAUCUCCUUCAGUCUCUGAAAGGGUGGGAAGUGACCCUGACCGCAGAAUAUGUUGCCCGUCUUCUGAGAGAAGUGGUAGCUGCAGUUCAGUUUCCCCUCCCAGAUUUGAAAAACUUGAAAAGACACGCACAGAACGAUAUACUAAAAUAGAAAAAUUUGAAAAGGGUUUUUGUGAUGCUGAAAAGGUCCAUUUGGUUGAAAAAGAGAAGCGGGCUGGACGAAAAGACCGCAGAGAUAAGGACAAAAGUGAGAGACAGAGACUUAUGAAGCUGAAAGUAUCUUCGCCAAUCACCCAAACGUGUGAUUCAGAGCCUCAACUUGAUAGAGACAUAAGUCCAGAGUCUUCCCUUCAGAGUAAAAGUUGUAAAAUCUCAAAAAAUAGCUCAAGUAGAGGCAAGUUGGAUCUUCUGCCUUGUGUGGUGCAAUUAACACGUGUGAAGGAAAAAGAAGGAAAAUUGAUUGCAUAUGAAAAACAAAUUGUGAGAGGUGAGAGUGACAGUCCUAGACUUUUAUUAUCCCCUUCAGGUGACCAAAGAAGUCCUCUCUUCUGUGCAGAGUCGUCAAAAGGAAACGGAAAUGGACCCAGAGAUAAAAAUAUGGAAACUUUAGUGGAACAUAUUGAUAUAGAUGUCAAACUGAAGUCCAAAAAACUUGGAAAAUCCGAAGUUGGUUUUGACAGUGCUGUUUCAAUCGAUUUCGAUCGCUUGGCUGCAAGGAAAAGGCGUUUUGAAGACUCUGGCAAAAAUGAUCAGAAGAGAAUUAGUGAAGAGGACUUUAGCAGAUCUGUUCUUCAGAAGCCUUGUAAUAAGGACUCUGAUUUCCAUAAGACUGUUUUCAUUAAAAAAAUUCCAAAAAACGAACAUCGGGAUAAAUCUAUGCGGAUAUUUUCAGAUAGUACAAACAAAGGACAAGACUCUGAAAACAACUCCAUCAGCCUUCCCCUUCAACUACCAUCCCAGAACGCACUGGCUGAUGAAUCUUUAGAAGAAUUGGACUCUCCUUUCCUGAAAAUGCAAUUAGUGGGCUCAAAAAGUGAAAAUAGCUCCAAUCUUGCAAAGACAUCGAGUGAUGGUAGCCUUGAUUUGGAUGAAAUAAAAGAUCAGAGAGAAAUUUUGUAUGAAAAGGACCGAAGUGGAAAGAAUUGUAGAGACCCUAAAGAACAUUUUGGCCAGACAAAUACCCCCACGAAACACAAAACCGAACAGAGUAGAUGGUUGCAAGCCAAGCUUUGUGAUCUUGAGAAGAAUGACAAGUGCGAUGACACAUCUCCUGAUGAAACUCGAGACUUUGGAGUAGAUUAUUCUUCGGAUGAAAUCAACCAACCAAACCAGGACAUAAAGAAUGAUGACUUCACUUUUUGUAAAAGAAAUAUUGAGAAUUUUACCUCAGAAAGAGCGGAAAACUUGGCAAUUUGUCAAAAGUUGAAUGAGGCUAUUUUUCAGCAUGUAACAUCAUCAACAAUUCCCAUUUCUUUAAGUGGGGAUGAGGAAAGCACUGAGAUUUCUAUCGCAGUUGUAAACACAGAAACAAAAUCAUCUCUGACAAAAGAAAAUUUUCCACAUACGCAGUCACUGAAAAAUAAUAUGGUCCUAAAACCUAAACCUUUUCAAACACCUGAAAUUGAGCAAGAAAAAGUAAAGACAUCAUUUAUUGGAGGCAAUGAGGACUUUAUCUACAAUUGGCUAGGAAGAGUUUCUUCUGAUUCUCAAAAAACAGAACAAGCGCUCCAAAGUGAGAGGGUUGGUAAAUGCCGAGGAGAGGAUUUGGAACCAGGAGAAGUACAGUCUGAUUCUGAUGAUGAGGGAGAAAAAAAAAACAACUCUCAUAAAUCCACUAGUUCCUUGUCUUACAUCGUUAGGGAACGUGGUGAGAGGAUGGCAGAUCUGAAACUUUGUGGCUCUUUAGAAAAGAAUAAAUUUUACUCGUUCGCAUUAGACAAAACUAUAACUCCUGAUACGAAAGCACUUCUAGAAAGAGCCAAAACACUGUACUCUUCCCGGGAGGACAACUGGUCCUUUCUUCCUUCUCGCUUUCCAAGCACGCACAGCUGCACAGAUAAAAACAAGGUAGAACUACCACCCCGACCAAUUCCUUCUUGGUAUAUGAAGAAGAAGAAGAUCCGUACGAACUCUGAAAAUCUGCAUGGCAAAAAGGAGGAACUGAAGCCUCAGGACCAAGAACGGCAGGAACUGUUUGCCUCUCGCUUCCUUCAUAGCUCAAUCUUUGAACAGGAUUCUCGCCGUUUACAGCACCUUGAACGUAAAGACCAACAUUCUGAAACAGGAUUUGAAAGGAAUUUUGCUCAGCAAGGCGAUCCUGAUGUACAGAUAGAAUCUGAAGUUGGUGAUGUUCCAUCAGAGCCCAUCGUGCUAUUCCACAGUCGAUUUUUGGAGCUACAACAACAAAAAGACAAGGACUUUUGUCCACUUGAUUCUGAGAUAGAUUCUGUUGUGGUGGAGAUUAAACAUAAUUAUGUUCCAGGUUGUGAUAAUGUGCUCUCUGAUAAAAUGGCAAACACACGAUUAAAGUUUGAUGAAAAAUCAGUCAGCCCCCAUUCGACCAGGUCUCUUUCACCAUCUAUUCCAUGCCUAAACGAAACGUCUCCCCCAGAAAAGAAAGAUGUUUUCGCACCGACCAUAGAUAAACAUGUGUCAUCCAAAGAAGACAUUGUAGAAACAGUUCUUGAGCUGUCCCCUUCUCUUUUGAAAAAUCAGAAACCUAUCACCACUAAACAAAAUGUAAGCCCUUCACCAAUACUUUCAGAAAUAGAAAAUGAAGUAGAAGCAAAUGUAGACGAAAUUGAACCCAAAGGAGAAAUUGAUGAUGAUUUACCAAUAGAGCACAUUUGUCAUGUGGGAGAAAAGCAUCUAACUCCAGGGAGUUCUGGUAUUUAUUUUGAACAAGAGAAUACAGAGUUUACAUGCUCAGAGUAUAAAAAGGUAAAACAUGAAUGUGACCACAAGGCACAAAUUCAGAAGACUCAUAAUUUUGAGGAAUCUAAGCGACCGGAGAUAAUUCGUGAAGUAUGUAUGACAGAGGCCGAGGUGGAAAGUAAACCAGUUCCCAGCCGAAGACAACCCAAAAAUAAAAGAGCAAAAGCGCACACCAUAUUACGCACAUCGCAGGCCCCUAAUAAUACUGAAGAUAAACCUGCAACUCGAAAAAGUGAACGUAUUGAUAGAGAGAAACACAAAAGGGUCUCAUCUUCUCAAUUGGAAGCAACAAAGGAAUUGUUGGAGUGCAAAAUUGCAUCAAAGUCCCCAAUUGAUACAUCGGAUUUUAAACAAAAUCUUGAGUCUGGUUUGGUUCAUGGUAGAACACGUCGAAGAAAUGUACGAUCAGUCUACGCCACUAUACAUGGGGGAGAGCAGUCUGGCAAAGAGGCAGUGGAGCCAUCACGAAAAAUGCGCAAACGUGCUACAGAUAAAGAAUCCAUGCGACAAGAUGUUCAACUUCCAUCUACCAAUCCUAGACGGGGCCGCCCACCAAAAAGAAGUGUCAAACGAGUUUUCCAUAUAUUACCAGUAAAAGUAGAUACUAAAACAACAGAGGACAACACAGAGGUUGAAGAUACCGCAACCACGCAGGAAACUGUAAAAUCAUCUGAGGGAUGGCGAUCUCCUCGAAAAGUGCAGCAAACACCAGCUUCAGUUAACAAAAAAGGAAGCAGACUCCACAAACAGUCUGGAGGCACGACAGUUCUAGUUGAACUAACUGAUAUGGGAGGUUGUGAUGAAUUGGAGCUAAACCCCAAAGCUGAUUUGGACUUAACUGCAAAGUUAUUAGACACAAACUUACAAAUGCACAGAAAUGUACAAGACACUGCACUUACAAUGAAUAAUGGAGAUAUUGAAAACCCAGGUGUAACUCUCCCAAAAAGCAAAGUACCUGAAAAGAGUGUCAAAAUGAAAACACAAAGGUUCAAACGAAACACCAAGGAGAUCACUGACGAUAAAUCCCACACUUUAAGGAAUCUUGAAAUCCGUGUCAGUGUUGACGAUGUCAAAGAUUUGCUUCGUUCUGAAAAUAAUGAUCCUGAGUCAUUUCAAGUCAGUGUGAAGAAACCAAAGACUCUGGUUAAUUCUGAGGAGUCAAAAUCAACAUGCUUUCCCAAAGAAUCAAAGGAUAUUGAUGUGAAAAACAAUGAUGGUGAUGUAUCAGAGUGUCUAGUGCACCCAGUUGCUGGUCUUCUCACACAACAAAUGGAACUAGAACAGGCAGUUGAAAAUAUAGCCAAACUCACGGUGGAGCAACCUUCACGAACAGAUAAGGAGCCAGCCUCUGGACAAGUGCCCACAUUAGCUCCUGUAGUGUCUCAGUCUCAAACUGAGGCUGAAGAGGAAAAGCGAGCUAACCCAUCAAGUGAGACAGAACUUGCAGCUGCUAUUGAUUCCAUCACAGCUGAAGUAUCAUGUGCAGAUGGGGAAAGAUUCACGGCUUCUCCCACAUUCAGUGGUGUUAUUCCCGCCCCUGAUUCAUUACUGUCUGUUAAUACCAAUGCAACUAUGGAACCUGAAACACGCACUGUGGUCAAUAAUAUUCCUGCUACAGACUCAGAUGACCGUCUUUCGUUAUCAAGUCUGAAGACUCCAACGGCAGAGUCUAAGAUUACUGAGGAUUCUCUCAAUACAUGUAAGAAAAUAUGUAAAAUUAGACCUAAAACCCAGAAAAAGUCAAGAAGUCGUAAAUGUGCCAUAAAUAAGAGGAAUGUACAGGUAGUCCAUCCAGAGCCCUCCCCUUUGAAAUUACCCGAAUCUAUACCAGAGGAUCCAGAAAUUAUAAAUUCCAAAGCAGCAGUUAUUACAACAGGGACAACCAUAGCUGGAUCAGUGGUAACUGCUGUCGCUACAUGUAAGCAUGACGUUACAGGCUCUACAACUCUGGACACACCUAAAGAGGCAGAACAACCUGAAGUUGAACAGCCUGUACCUAAAGAAUCUGCGUUUCAUUCAGACUCAAGAGUCAUUUCCAAUUUUAAAAAACAUUCAGAAGCAGUGGAGUCAUCUUCCCUGAAUCUUAUUCCUUCACACGCCCGCCCACCACUUGUAUCCCAGUCGGGUGUACCCUUGCUACGACCUGCCAAACUUUUGCCUAACUGGCCUCAGAGAACUGAAGAAAAUAGAAUCUUUGCUAGCCCUCCAUGUCAUGUAACAGUGCUGACUUCUACCGUUUCUGCAUCAACUUCGGUUGGACCAUCUUCAAACAAGCCCCCAAUGCCUCCUGAUACAAAGGCUUCUGAUCUCCAUCCUAGUUCCAGUACUCUAAGAAAAAUCCUAAUGGAGCCGAAAUAUGUGUCAGCAUCAAACAGCAAUUCUAUUCCAAACACGAUGGUGACGACUAUGUUGGAUCCUUUACAGGUGUCAGAAAAUGAAAAUACCUCUGUCGCUGUUCGUCCAAGGCAUGUGGAAGAGAGAUUGUCUUUUCCUCCCCAGUCUAUACAUCACAAAUGUAAAACGAUGGUGGGGUCCGCCAAAAAUUGUGGCAUGAGCACCCAACAAACUGUAAUUUCCCCUGCCACUUCAGUGAUAAGUCGUGUACCAAUACCUUACGAUACAGACGAAACACCACGGAUUUCCCUUAGCAGCCGAAGCAUUUGUCCUUCUUCGGCCAAACCAAAAUUCAAAACAAAUUCUAAUGAGAAUCAUCGAUACUAUGGGCUUGAUAUCAUUGAAGAUGAAACGAGAGGAAACUCUGUUGUUGAGAGCACUCCACGCUCCAUCUCAGGUCUUAGAGUAAAUACGUCCGAGGGUGUUGUUGUUCUGAGUUAUUCAGGUCAAAAAACAGAAGGGCCCCACAAAAUGAGAGCCAAAAUAAGUCAAAUUCCGCAAGCAAGUGCUGGAGACAUAGAGUAUCAACAAGCUCUACCUAAAUGUCAGACAAAGGCAGACUCAGUCAUUCCCUUGUCCCAGUUACCUGGCACUAAAGCGACCCCCACACCAUCAGUUUAUGGGCACACAGGGGUUCUUUUGUCCAGCCAAUCCUAUAACUCUCAACCCGUCAUUUCUAGUACCAAGCGAGAUUCCAGUGACAAGGCUGAAGUUUUAUAUCAUACAGCGUCACAGGGCAGUGUGGUUAAAAUGUUCCAACAGCCAGUCGCUGCUCCUCAAGUCUUAAUGUACAACCAAGCUGUGAUACAACAGCAGCAUAGUAAGAGACAGGGAACAGAGAUGCUACCCCAAAAAUCAGUCCAGCAGUCUAACUUCAGUCCUAUCAAGAGUCCUCCCCACCGCUCUCUUUCUGGAUCAUGCAUGAUGUCCAGUUCGAACAUGCCGACUGAUCGCUCAGCUCUGCAGCCAAAACAAGACCAGCAGUCCUCACAAUCGGCUGUUCACUCCACUUCGGUCCUCAAAGCCUGUGCUCCCAGCAGUUCGCCAGUAGGAACCUCUGUCGUUAUGCCUCAUGGCAUGUCAUCCAUCUCGACUUACAAUGCCACUAUGCAUCACCCACUCUCGGAGCAGUCUUCUGUCAUCAUCCAACCUCACAGUGUUACCCAGUCAGUGACACACGAAGCAAGGAUGAAUGCGUCACCCAUGCCUGCGAUCAGCUACGGAAGGCGAAGUAACUCUCUGCCCUCUCCACUGCCAGGGCCAGCACAACACUCGGGCAUAUCUCAGUCGGUCGUCAUCAGGCAGUCUCAAUCGACUCACCCGGGGUCAUUGUCUGGUGGUGGUGGUGGUGUCAGCAGUGUGACAGACGAGGAACACAGACCUUUUAACCAAGCCCUUGGCAGAGCCUCAUUGCCACAGCUACAAUCAGAUGCUGUGUUGCUUCAUAGUGAUUGCAGAGGGCUCCAUACAAGCUUAGGUCUGGACCAGUACAGAGGCAUGCACCAGAACAUGCUCGCCCAUCAACAACUGGGAGAGCAGGAGGCCACAGUUGAAACAAGACUGUCCCACACGUCUGACAACGUAACAAGUAACAUUUCUUCCAGGAAGAAUUCGGAACUUUCAGGAAAAGAAUCCUUCAAAGUAUUUGAAGGACAGCAGAUCCAUUCGCCGAGCAGUGAAAGUAGAAUCAGGGCAGUCCGCACAUCUAGCCCUGUCAUGGUGUCUCCUCACCCUCAUGGUAUCCAGCUGUCUCAUUCUGGUGGUGUGGCCUCCUUUCCAGUCUAUUGCGACCCAAGAGGUUUACCUACCCAGUUAACGGGACACCCUUCAUCAGGACGCAACACAUCUUCGCAGAUACAACCAGAACCUGAACUGGGUCAACGGCGUAAAAUGCCUCAGUCCUGUGUGGCACUCAGUGAUCUGAAGCUUCAGAGUCCCCACCUUCGCCAUUCUACUUCUUCCAAUAUGUCUCGAGUGCCAGUGGAUGGAGUCUCUCCUUCGUACCCGUCUCCCGUGACCCCCGCAAUCGCUUUGAAUCAUAAGUCGGAACAGUCACUACAGAAAGGCCCUCCAGCCUUCUUGACACCACCACUGCCUGCGGUACCCUCAUCAACCUCAUUUCAGCCACGACAUGAUGCCAAGUCAGAUCAUUCAGGACACCGCUCGAUUGACAUGGUGCAGCUUUUGACGAAAUAUCCCAUCAUGUGGCAAGGUCAUUUGGCCCUGAAAAACGAGCAGGCCGCUGUCCAGCUCCACUUGGUUUCUGGCAACACUUUUCUGGCGCAGCGUUCACUUCCGCCGCUAGAGGGCGGUCCUCUCCUUCGCAUUGUCCAGAGGAUGCGCCUGGAAGCGUCUCAGCUGGACAGUGUGGCAAGACGAAUGACCGUGGAAAAUGAUUACUGUUUGCUCCUGGCACUGCCAUGCGGCCGAGACCAAGAUGACGUCCUCAGUCAAACGGAAGCGUUGAAAAGUGGCUUCAUCACCUACCUGCAGGCCAAGCAGGCAGCUGGCAUCAUCAAUGUGCCCAACCCUGGCUCCAAUCAGCCUGCCUACGUGGUGCAGAUUUUCCCCCCGUGCGACUUUUCCGAGAGCCACCUUUUGCGCUUGGCCCCGGACCUUCUCAACAGCAUCUCCACUAUUUCACCUCACCUCAUGAUUGUCAUUGCCUCUGUUUGAGUUUUAUGAGUGUUUUUUUUCUAAAGCAAACAAAACACCAGCUGUUUUUUGUAAA